CAGCUGAAAGCAUGAGUCCUGCAGAAGCAGACCCGUGUUUCUUUCAGACAGCUGAAAUGCAGAAACAGCUUACAAUAUUAAGUAUCUGUCAGGAAUGCAUUCUUUAUUAUCUUGGUGUAUAUAUGGGGGAUGUUUGUUUCAUUUUAGAGGUGAACAUUGAUGACUGUAAGAAGACAUCAAUGCCCAAACAUGAGGAACAAUUCAUUUGUUUACCUGCUGAAGUGGAUGAGUGCAGCAAUGCUGAUAACAGAAAUAACUGCAGUGCAAGGAAGAUAUGCGCAAGUCCUGCUAAGUAACUUGUUUGAAACUUACUCCAGCGCUUUAAGGCCGGUGGAAGACACUGACAAUCCACUGAAUGUUACACUGCAGAUCACACUUUCGCAAAUUAAAGAUGUGGAUGAAAGAAAUCAGAUUUUGGUGACUUACUUAUGGAUUCGACAGAUAUGGUAUGAUGCAUAUCUAAAGUGGGAUAAAGAUGAGUAUGAUGGUCUAGAUUCUAUCAGAAUACCAAGUAAUAUGGUGUGGAGGCCUGACAUUGUUCUUUAUAACAACGUGGAUGGUGAAGUCAAAGAGCAAGCAAACACAAAUGUAGUUCUGCAGUACAAUGGAAAAAUAACAUGGGAUGCCCCAAUGAUAACGAAGAGCUCUUGUGUGGUAGAUGUCCUUUACUUUCCAUUUGAUGAGCAGCAGUGUAAACUGACAUUUGGUUCCUGGACUCACAACGGCAAUCAGAUUGAUCUCAUUAAUGCACUGGACAGUGGAGAUUUAUCCGACUUUGUAGAAAAUAUUGAGUGGGAAGUUCAUGGUAUGCCAGCAGUGAAAAAUGUGAUUAUGUAUGGCUGCUGUUCCGAUCCUUACCCUGAUAUCACAUAUACUCUAAUAUUGAAGAGAAAGUCAUCAUUCUAUGUAUUUAACCUUUUAAUUCCAUGUGUACUCAUUUGCUUUUUGGCUCCCCUUGGAUUUUAUCUACCAGCAGACUCAGAAGAAAAAGUCUCUCUUGGUAUAACAAUUCUCCUAUCUUUGACAGUGUUUCAGCUGAUAGUUGCAGAAAGCAUGCCACCAUCUGAAAAUGUUCCUCUGAUUGGGAAAUAUUAUUUAGCAACAAUGAUGAUGAUUACAGCUUCCACAGCUCUGACAAUCUUUAUCAUGAAUAUUCACUUCUGUGGACCAGAAGCAAAACCAGUACCACAAUGGGCCAAAGUUGUCAUACUGGAUUACAUGUCAAAAAUGCUUUUUGUUUAUGAAACUGGUGAAAGCUGCAUUAGUUCCUUGAAAACAAUGGGAAAACAGCAAGAACAGAAGCAGCAGGAUCAGCAGAACAUCCGUGACCAUAGUGAUGAUCGUGUUCCUAAAAACGUAAAAGAACUGCAAGUCAAACGGGAAUAUUCCGGAAAGGGCAGCAGCAAUAUCUGUGAAAGAUAUGCCCUCACUAAAUCAAAGGAUCAGUUUGGUAACUGUAUGACAGAGGCAUGCAGCACAUUAGGAAAAUGUGAUGCACUCGUGUGUGACCAUUAUGAUUCAAUACUGAAUAGUAUAGAAUAUAUCAGUACCUACCUCAGAAAGCAAAAGCUGAACUCUGUUAAAAUAGCUCAGUGGAAGAAGGUGGCUAAAGUAAUUGACCGAUUCUUCAUGUGGGUCUUCUUUGUCAUGGUAUUUUUUAUGACUGCCCUGCUUAUUGCAAAGGCAAUUUAAUCAGUAGAAGAUGUAUCAAUGUAAUUAUCACAGUAUUUUCUAUUAUUAGGGAUAUGUCUGCUAUUUUCCUGGUGUGUUGUUUUUCAAAUCACUUUAUAUACAAAAUGUCAUGUUAGAUGAAUUACACUUCCUAUUACUUCAUAUUUUUAGAACAUUUUCCUCAGAUAAAUAUAAAGCUCUAUUCAGAACUGAUUCUACAAAGACAGUUUUUGAUGCUGAGUACAUAAAUCAAAAACUACAAAUGCUUGAGUGAGGCUUCCUUAUGAUGCAAACCUUCCAGCACCUUUCAUCAAUACCCAUAGCACCCCAUUUAUUUUUAUAAAAAUCUUUAAGGUCACUAUAGGUUGAGUAAAUAGCGACAGCAUGUUCUAGUUUUCCCAGUUUUUACAUACAUAAAUCUUGUUGUUUCUGACCACACUCUGUGUAAUAGUUUUAAUUAGUCGUGCUUUACUCAUAAUUACUGAUACAAAAGAAUCACAAUGAAACCAGUUUAAAAAUGUAUUGCCAAGACAUUUUGUUUUGAUUUAAAUUAUAUUCUUCUACAGUUUGGAGGAGGUAUACUGGUUUAGAGUUAAGCAAGUCAUUGGUAGAUUAACAUACUUAUUGCUGUAGCCUUCAAUUUCUAUCAGAUAACAUUAAUAAGUAAAAUAUUUCUGAUUGAGGAAGAAAUUGUAUUAUCUAGUAUUGUCAAAAUUCUCCUAAGGCAGAGCAAUGUGAACAAUAAGUUAUGCUUGAUUGCUAAAAUAGGUCAAAUAUGUCUAAUGGCAUCAAGAUAGUGAAGCCUGUGCCUUUCAAAUAUAUUAAUAAUGACCCUCUAAUAUGCAGGAGCAGAAUUCUUUACAGUAUCACAUAUGUGCACAUUGCAGUAACAUAUAUGGACAUUACAGUAUUACAUAUGUGGACAUUACAGUAUUAUUUAGAAAUGAUGAUUAAAUGACUAAUAUCACACACACACUCAAGUCUCUCAACAAAAGGUACUGUUAUGACUUUGUCAUAGUCCAUGUUGGUGUGAAUUACUUGAGACAUACCUCCCUGGACUAUAGAGAGACAUGAUUGCACUUGCUGAAUAUGUGCCCCAGACAGGUAUGUCCCUAACCUUAAGCAGCAUUCUACCAUCACCCAGAAUGAUGUCUCAAUACAAA